CACCGCCGCUUCUAUCGGCGCGUUGCCGGUGAAGCAAGCGCUCGCCCGGGUCGCUCGCUGGCUCGCUCCCCGCCCCGGAUUCUGCAGCACUCGCUUUCCUGCCGCUCUCCAUUCCGCUACUCGGAGAAGGGAAAGGAGGACGCCAGCCCUGCCAGGCGCCCCCCGAUGGCUCGCUUGGGGAGCCCGCCUCUCUGAUCCCGAAGAGAACCGAGAUCCAGCUUGGGAUCCUGCCUCCUGCUUGCCCUAACCCCCCCUGCACCCCCAUCCCCCUCAAAAGCCCGGGCUGACCGAGAAAGGGAGUCGAUCGACUGGCGAGGCAGAAGCAGCAGCAGCAGCAGCAUCGGGAGAUGCCGGCGGCGCGGAGGCCCUGUUUGGAAGUCGCCAUGGCACUGUGUGUCUGAAGACAGAAUUUGGAAACUCAUCUUUUGCACCGAUUUGGCUAAAAAAACAUUUCACUCCUACCAACGACUUCCAUUUUUUUGAACCUUGCCAUGGCUAAGAGUGCGGAGGUCAAGCUAGCCAUCUUUGGCCGAGCUGGAGUUGGAAAGUCAGCUCUCGUUGUGCGUUUUCUGACCAAGCGAUUCAUAUGGGAGUAUGAUCCUACUCUUGAAUCUACAUAUCGUCAUCAAGCCACUAUUGACGAUGAAGUCGUUUCCAUGGAGAUACUAGACACAGCUGGGCAGGAAGAUGCCAUUCAGAAGGAAGGGCACGUGCGGUGGGGCGAAGGCUUUGUGCUGGUCUAUGACAUCACUGACAGAGGGAGCUUCGAAGAGGUCCUGCCACUUAAGAACUUGCUGGAUGAAGUCAAAAAACCCAAGAACGUGACUUUGAUCUUAGUUGGGAACAAAGCAGACCUGGAUCACUCCAGGCAGGUCAGCACAGAAGAAGGCGAGAAGCUGGCCACCGAACUCGCUUGCGCAUUUUACGAAUGCUCUGCUUGUACAGGGGAAGGCAACAUCAUGGAGGCCUUUUAUGAGCUCUGCAGGGAAGUCCGGCGCAGAAAGAUGGUCCAAGGCAAGACUCGGAGGAGGAGCUCCACCACUCAUGUCAAGCAAGCCAUCAACAAGAUGCUCACCAAAAUUAGCAGCUAAAAAUAUGAUUGCUCUAGCUCUCUCACACACAUAUAUAUUUGUUUCAAUCAUUAUUGUAGAACAGUUGAGUCUUUGGUGAAAAGGGAUCACAAGGUUGGAUGAUAGCAGAAUUUGGAAACAGCUUUUUGGUUUAUCAUUUCUGUUUUCUUUUGCUUGGAUGAAAACGCUUAGACUCCUCCAAUGGCCAUGCUGGCUGGGGGUUUCAGGGACACCCUCCAA